GAUAAAGAGAGAGAGAGAGAGAGAGAGAUAAAGAGAGAGAGAGAGAGAGGCAAGAAACCAGUUAAGCUCACAUAGUCCUAGAAGCUCCUGCUUGCACAGCCAUGGACGGCGUACUGGAGGGAGCCACUCUUCUGUGUGUGUGUAAACUGGUCUGCAGUCUACUCUGCCUCCCCGCGGUCUCAGCCUGUCGCAGUCCUAUGAGCUUCUGCUGUUGUUGUCUGCUCAUCUUCACCGACAUUGCUGUCACCAUCUUCCUGGUCGUCCUCUGGAUUUCCGAGCCCUGGCUUCCUCCACUGGUCGUGUCUGCUGAUGUCAUCGCCCUGCGCUUUCUGCUCUUCCUCAGCCACACCUACGGAGCGGUGCUGGGGUUCACCAUGACUCUGGUUGCUGUGGAGAUGGUGAUGAGGUUGUACUUUCCCAAACGGUUUAGUGGUUUGGGGCUGGAGGGGGAGGAAGGGGAGGAAGAGGGGGGUGAAAUCUCAGGACAGAAGGAUGCUACGUGUCUGGGUUGUGUGGCAGUGGAGGUGGUGAAAGACCAGGACCAGGACCAAUGCCUGACAUACCUCCCUGACUUUCUCUGCUGUCUGCUGGUGUGGGUUCUGUCUGGCCUCCAUGGGUCCCUGUGGAGCAAGACGUCAGAGGAGCUGUUGGCUGAGGUCUGCAUCCAAACUACCGGCUCCCUCCCCCUAUGCCUCCCCAGCCUGUUCACCUCCCUGUCUGGGCCUAGGGAGCCCUGCUGGGGUCUGGUGGUCCUGGGUCUCCUCAUCGUCUUCAUGGUGGUCCAAGGCCUGAUGCUGAGAGUCAAGCAAACUACCCUGGUCGACCAGCCUACAGUCCCGCCACAGGAGAGCUGCAGCGCUGACAUGCAGACGUUUGACCAAACACCAGUCCAACCUCCAUCGUCCAAGGCUGUGGACCCAGGGCUGUUGACACUCCCGUCAGCCGCCAAGUUUUUUGUUGACUCAGGAAAAACACAGAGCAGGUGCUGCACUCCCAGCCUCUAUGCCAGGAACCCGGCGCAGCUGUUUCAGUGUCACCAUGGAAACUCUGCCAUCUCCCUUCGCCUGGAGUGUUUGCCUUCAGACGGGGGACAGGAAGCUGGCAACGCAGGCAUGCCUCCCCCACCCGUUGUGGAGGAACGCACACACCUGGACACAGACGGUUCCUCAUUACACGUAGCAGCUAGCCGGCAUGGGGGGCAGGGUGGGUUCUUUCCCUCCCCCAGGGCUAGGUUAAUGACAGGGCUGGUGUGUGUGUUCUCUCUGUGCGUGCUGCCGCUCAGCCUCAGCGUUAACAUCCUGCUGGUCUACAGCGUGGAGGUCAUGCUGGAGUGGAGUAUACGCCCUCUACUGAGCGCACUGCGCGGCACGGACACCCCACUGACCGAGGUGUCUCACUCCUCGUAGCCCUGACCCUGGUCAGGGUGAAACCACGGCCAGGGGAAGGGCCGUGGUUAACGGCAGACAUUCUGAACUCUUUGAGGCCAUGUUGCAAUAAAAGGUUGUUGUUUUCUGGGCUCCUGCUCCUAAACUGGGCGUUGGGACUUGACUGUGUAAGGAGAGGUGGAUGGAGGAAGGGAGGGAAGGAGGGUAGCGUUAAGCCCUGAGCGAUGGAUCAUCAGAUUAAUAUUGCAUGUACACAGACAGCUGGUCUACCUGUCAAUAGUAGUUAAAUAGACAGCAAAGGACUCACUCCUCAGGCUUGUUCUGGUGUGCACAGUAAUCUUUCCAAAGCUGCUGAAAUGUGCUGAGAAUGCAGGUUGAGACGCGUCACCGAGGGACACUGUAACCGUACUGAAAUACAUUGAAAAAAUACUGCCAUCACUUCUUGACACUGUGAUUUGUUUUUAUUUGAGCUAAUAAUAAAGUCUGUAUUUUCUUAUGA